UGAAUGAGAUCGAAGAAGAAAUCCAUAAGCUGCAGAGGAAAUCGUAAUGUGCAAGGUAAGAGGAGAUUUUUUGUUCCGUUUAUAAGGCUUAUUUUGAUUCAAGUGUCGGAGAGGAUUGACGGCUUCGUGUUGAAGACUUGAAGUUGAUGGAAGUUAGUCAGAGAAGUUGACGAUUCAACUUGUUGCAUUGAGAUAUUCGACUGUUGAGUUGCUGUUUACGGUUCACACUGAAUAAAAAUGGGGCAAGCGGACUGGUUUCGCUUCGGGGAAAACAAUAUCGGGGGUUUAUCAAUGAAUGGCGUGGAGUCGUGUAAGAUCUGAGGGUUAGAGCAUCUGUACAGUUAAAAUGGGGAUGUUCAGUUAGGAUUUAAAGGGGAAAGCUCUCAGGCUUCCUGAACGGGAGAUAAUGUGAGAAGCGUUGGAGCAACAAAAGUUGAAUCACUACAUUACGAAUUGCGGAGAAGUAAUUCAUCUACUUCUUGUAAUUUUUGGUUUCCAUUCUCACUGGACCUAGUUAUGGAGUCUCGGAUGGAUCAGUAUGAGAUCAUGGAGCAGAUCGGCCGGGGAGCUUUUGGAGCUGCAAUCCUUGUAAAUCACAAAUUGGAGAAGAAGAAGUAUGUGUUGAAGAAAAUCCGGCUCGCGAGACAGACAGAUCGUUGCAGGAGAUCUGCUCAUCAAGAGAUGGCUCUUAUUGCACGAAUCCAGCACCCUUACAUUGUCGAAUUCAAGGAAGCAUGGGUAGAGAAGGGCUGCUAUGUUUGCAUUGUCACCGGGUACUGUGAGGGUGGAGACAUAGCUGAAUUGAUGAAAAGAUCCAAUGGGGCAUUGUUUCCAGAGGAGAAACUCUGCAAGUGGUUCACACAAUUGCUAUUGGCUGUCGAAUUUUUGCAUUCGAACUUUGUUCUUCAUAGAGAUCUGAAGUGUUCCAACAUCUUUCUAACAAAGGACCAGGAUGUCCGCCUUGGGGAUUUUGGACUUGCUAAAACUUUAAAGGCAGAUGAUUUGGCUUCCUCUGUUGUUGGAACUCCUAAUUACAUGUGUCCAGAACUGCUUGCUGAUAUCCCUUAUGGCUUCAAAUCUGAUAUCUGGUCUCUAGGGUGCUGUAUAUAUGAGAUGGCAGCACAUCGCCCUGCCUUCAAAGCUUUUGAUAUGGCAGGACUGAUAAGUAAGAUAAACCGUUCCUCCAUUGGUCCUUUGCCAGCAUGCUAUUCCUCUACAUUGAAAUCACUUAUCAAGAGCAUGCUGAGAAAGAACCCAGAGCAACGGCCAAGUGCAUCCGAGAUUUUAAGGCACCAGUAUUUGCAGCCAUAUGUUGAUCAAUACCGUAUAUCUUCUAAUCCGCCUAGUACCUGUUCACCAGAGAAGCCAAUCUCCACUGCACAUCAUGCUCACAAGAGCAUGGCUGAAAGCCAAAGCAGCAACAGUUCUAGCAGUGAUAAAGAUAGCCUAAUUUCAAGCGAGAAAAACAUGACAGAAUUGAUGGUCAAGUGUGAUUUUAAGGCUGCUGACACAGAUAUGGCUUCAACUGAUGAUGGAAUGGACUAUGAGGAGCCUCUGUUAGGUAAUGAACAUGAUAGUGACAGGUCAACUGUCAAAACAGAUGAGGAGGUGAUAAAACCUUUUCAUGAUGCACAGAGGCCCAAAGUGGAAUCAAAGCAACCAAAAACCAUCAAGAAUAUCCUAAUGGCUCUGAAAGAAGAGGGAAAAGUUACAGAAAACAGUUCCCCAAUGAGAGUCAACCGUUUAAAGGCUGGAGGUUUAUUGAGCCAAAAAGCUAACAUAGAAGCAUCACCCAAAAUUCCUAAAUCCAAUGCUGUUCCUUCUAGUUUCAAGCCUAAUGCAGACACAGCAGCUGUUGCGGCAGCAAAGGGGAACAGUGAUUCUGUGAAACGAGUCGCCGGAUCACAUCCUUUGAAACAUCUGACACCUGCCUUUGAAUUCUCCCCAAAGAUGAGAGCUAAAUAUGAUGGGAUGUCACCCUUAGGGCCCGUAAAACACUCUGCAGAAGAUGGACUACCUGCUAAGACGAGGCAAAAAACUCCUUACAGUCUGGCCCGAAGAUCUUCCUUUCCAGGACGACUUAGGCCUACUGGGCUUGAAACCCCAGUCGCUGUGAACAAUGACAUGAAACCAAGCUCACGUGAGGCUAUGGAAGAGCCUGAAAAGAUUCGUAAUCUGACACCCAAUGGUCUCAAUUACGGCUCACAAAUUGUAAUAAUGCCUGCAAAGACUGUAGUUGGAGCAUCCAAAGGAAUACAAACUGAUAGCAGCAGUUCACUCUCAUCAUCAAAGUUGACUCAAGGGUUGGAGCAGUGCAAUAGACUUGAAACCAGAGUCCCUGUAAACAAUGACAUGAAACCAAGCCCAAGUCCAAGUGAGGCUACACAAGAGCCCGAAAGGACUCUUAACCUGACAUCCAAUGGUCCGACUUAUGGCCCACAAACUGUAAUACUGUCUGAAAAGACUCUAAUGGGAGCAUCCAAAGGUAUACAGACUGACAGCAACAACUCACUCUCAUUAUCAAAGUCGACUCAAGGUUCUCAAAGGUGCAAUGAGGUAGUCGCUGUCCCGUUGACUGAUUUGAUGGAACAAAGCAACUCUUGUUCAUCAAACUUGAUACUUCACGAUUAUGAGGGACUCCACCAAACUGAAAGUUCAGAGGCUCAUCCAAAGAAAUGCAGCAAUUCAUUGUCAUCAUCAAAUUUGGGUGAAUGUUCUGAGCUUAGUGACGAGGUAGCUGUUGCUUCUUUGACAGAUUUAAAGGAGCAAAAUAACUCUUGUUUGUCAAACCUGAUACUCCAUGAUAAGAGACUUCCUCCAACGGAAAGUCCAGAGGCUCAACCAAAUAAAUACAGUAAUUCAUUGUCAUCAUCAAAGUCAACUCACGGUUCUGAGCUUCGUGAUGAUGUAGCAGCUGCUGCUUUUACUCUUGUGAAGGAACAAGACAAUUGUUAUUCAUCAAAUUUGCUUCUUCAUCAUGAUAAGGAACUCCUUCAAACUGAAACUCCAGAGACUCACCCAAAGGAAUACAGCAUUUCAUUGUCUUCAUCAAAACCGGCCCAAGGUUUUGAGCUUUAUGAAAAGAUAGUGGCUGUUCCUUUGACUGAUUUGAACGAACAGAAUCACUCUUGUUCAUCGAAUGUGAUUGUACAUCAUGAAAAUGGACACCCUUGGAAUGAAAGUUCAGAAGGUCUUCCAUCUGGUUGCUUGGUUCCUUCGUCUCUGAACUCUGCCAGGCAAGAAAUUCUGUUGGUGGAAAUCCAUGGAGAUGAUUGUAGAUCCACAUCACACUCAAUAGCAUCUGAGACAAAAUUGGAUUUUCAGAAAACUUCUCCCAGUAAUGACAAAUUGAGUUCGAGCACAGGUUUUGAGCCCUCUUACCCAAGCUCUGACCAGGAAUAUGUCUGUAAAGAUGAUGUCUUUCUAGCCAGGCCUAGUAGUAGAUCAGGUAUGAUGUCCCAGUUAAACCAUUCUCCACUGAUUGGCAAUGACAAACUUACUGUAGGAGAACUCAUGGCAUCCAUGACAGAACUUACACCUUCCAUUUCAGCUACCCAAAGGAACUUUCUUCCAGAGGUAUCUGCCAUGCCAGGUCCAGUGAUUGAGAAGCCAGCUGCUGCUCAUCUUACUCCAGCCUUUGAUGAUGUCAUACAUGUAAUACGGCGCAGCAGCUUCCGUGUUGGGAGUGAGCUGCCUGUGAUGGAAACAGUGGAGAUGGGGGUUCAAAAUAUGGAUGUGGGGAAGCUACUAAAUGUAGCAGGGGACAAGGUGGAGAUGAGGAACACAGCACUGCCAGUGACUCUGAAAUCAUCAAAUUGCCUGGAAGACAUGACUGUAAAAUCAAAAUUUUCACACAGUUCCAGGGACAAGGAAAUCAACGUGAGGAACCACAGCGAGGAAACCAAGAUAAGGAAUAUACCUGCACCAUCUGCAUCAAGUCCAAAACUUGAUUGCUCUGAACCAAAAAAUGCAAACUCAUCUGAGGCUACCGAUGCUGGUGUCAAGGAGGAUAGAGGGAACCUGGCAAAGGAAAUUUUAGAUGUGAAAUCUUUUAGGCAAAGGGCAGAGGCUCUUGAAGAGCUGUUAGAGCUGUCCGCAGAGUUGCUGCAGCAUAGUAGAUUGGAAGAGCUUGCGGUUGUUUUGAAGCCUUUUGGGAAGGAUAAAGUCUCUCCACGUGAGACAGCAAUCUGGUUGGCAAAGAGUCUCAAAGGAAUGAUGAUUGAGGACUCUGGACGCAGUGUGUGAGCGUUGAGGUCUUGGCUGUAACUUGUAAGUUAUCUUGAUAGUGCGGGUCUCUCUGCUGCUGUUGCAUAGCCUUUUUUGGCCAUGCUUUUCAAUCAAUCAAGUUCCACUUUGAAUUGUGAGCAGAACAGGGGAAACUCAAGAUUUUUUCCUGUAUAAUGUUUCUAUUUCUUUUUGUAAAAUUGGUAGAUGAUUAUGUUGUUGUAUAUAGUGAAUAUAUAUAGUAAAAUAAAUCCUGUAUUUCAUCCAAACGGGUGAAUAAGUUUUACAUACAAAAUGUACCAAAUUA